CUGCCUUCUUUAAUGGAAGUCUUAAAUUUUUGGCUAAAAUUUUGACUAUGUACGAAGGACAUGAUACUUAUACCUCUUACACUCUUUCUCUGACAAUAAAGAUGGUUACUACGUUAUAUAUUAAUACUGCGAUCAUUCCUCUUUGAGUGAAUUAUGAAGAGAAGUUUUGGUUUUCAGGAACAGGGCUUAUUGCGGAUAUCUUUUACAAUACACUUGCGAUUUGAUUCUUAUCACCAUUGAUGUAUUUAUUUGAUCCAUUCUGUUUACUAAAAACCUGAAAACGAUGGAAAGAAAAUAAAAAGGGUGAAAAAUCCAAAUUAACACAAAGGCAGUUCAACGAGCUCUUUGAAGGACAAGAGAUGAGCCUUGAAAGCAAAUAUACUUCAGCUUUCUUGAUUCUCUUAGUUUGCUGAACUUAUACGGUUCUACUUCCUAUCCUGCCUCUCAUCUGCUGAAUAGGUAUCAUUUAUCAAUAUUGCAUUGUGAAAUGGAUCCUUGUCAAAAAGAAUAAGAGGCCGAAAGAAAUAGGUUAUUUUAUGGAUAUCAGUGCAUCCAACAUAUUCAUUGUAGUGAUUCUAAUCAAUGGGAUUAGUGUCUGGUAUUUCUUAACUCGUUUAUCUGAUGGCAAGAACUUAUUGGCAUACAUCCCAUUUAUUGUUGCUGGUAUUUCCGUUAUCCUGCCGUUUAAUUAUCUUGAGAAAAAGUUUAAAAUUUAUGAUGUUGAGGAUGAUGAUAACAUAACUUGGAAUUCAGUAAUCAACUUUCCUUUAAAUUAUAAAAAUUGUAAUCCAGCUUUAUCUGACGGUGGCUUAACUGAAACAAGUUCUACUCCUGAGUCUGAAGAUUCUUCAAUAAGUGAAAAGGAACCUCAAAAUAGACUUAGAAAAUUAAACUUAUGAGGAGUUACAAACUAUCUUCUAAGAGAAAAGAACAAUAUAGAUCAAAUAAUUUGGGAUGAUCUUGGAGCUGCUACAGAACAAAUCCUUGCCAGAAACCAACUUAAAAACUCAGUUUUACUAAAAACGAUCAAGACCCAAAACCUCUCCCAAGCGGCCGAAACCUUCCAAAACAAGAUAUCCCGAACUCAAGGUAUCCUAGACCCCCGCACACAACUAUCCAGAAUAAACUCCAAAACCACCUCCAAAAAAACCAUAAAAUCCCUCCAAAACAGCAACCUGAUCCAUUUCUCCCGCUUCUCCAAAGAAAUACAGCCAAGUCUCGCCCCAGCCAAAAACCAGAACAAAAGUUACUCCAGAGGACUCUCGACCAGCCAAGUCUUAGUACAAGACUUCGACCAAGAGAGCCAGAGUAGUCAGAGAGAGGAGAACAAGGACGAAGAGUCUAGUGCUAGAGAGGGCGAAUGAGGAAUGGUGCUGUCCACAGAUGAGAAUUUAGUGAAACAUAAGCAUUGUUAA